UGUAGUCUGGUUUUAUUAUUUGAACUUAUUUAUUAUAUUUGAAAUUAUAAAUCCUCAAUCACUAUCCAAAACACAUAUGUUUAAUUAUUAAAAAUGACCAUAUUACUAUUUUAAAGAUGAUUGUCAGUUUUUUUUUUCAAUUAUACACUUGAACUUUAGAAAACUCAUCUAUGGUGACCGAGAGCUUUUAGGUCAGGGAUGGUGAACUAUGAAUUAUGCCCUGACGUGCCAUUACUUCUGACAAAAUAUUUAAUGAGGUCAUAGACAUGCCAUUAAAUAAUUAAUGGAAAAAUUGUAAUAAAUUCUAUCAUCUAUUGUUCUAUCUAUAUUAAAUAAAACUAUUUGCGCCAAAAAAAUAUACAUUUUGCAAUGUUUCGUUUAGCUAAUUUUAUAUUAAUUUAAAUUACGUAUGUUACUCAAAACUAUUUACCCCAAAAUAAGGUACAUUUUGCAAUAUUUUAUAUUCAUUUAAAUUAGAGGUUGGACGAAUAUUAAUAAUAUUUUGCAAAAGAAUGCUCACAAGAAUAUGAGAAAUGGCUCAAGGAACAAGAUAAUCUGGAGAAAUUUGAAUAUGACCAAAUUGAAAAAUCAAAUAUGCAAGAACAUGCGAAGUGGAUGGAAGCUGAAAAAAAUACCAUGGAACAGUGGAACAUUCUUCAGGAGAGAAAAAGACAUCAACUUCAAGAGUAUCUGCAACAAGAAGCAAAAUUAAAAUUGGAAUGGGAAUUAGAACAGAAAAGAAAAAAAGAAGCAGAAGAAAAGUUAAAGGAGAUUGAAGAAGAAAAAAAGAAGCAGCAACAGAUUUUUAUGUCAAAAUUAGAACAGUUUUUGGCUGGUGACUCGACAGAGCCUCCUCCGGAACUCCUUAUUUCACAUGAAACUAGACCAAAUGUGGACAAUUGCCCAUUUUUCUUAAAAACUGCUUGUUGCCGUUUUGGUGAUCAAUGUUCAAGAAAUCAUCGGUAUCCUGGUAUUAGUAAUGUUCUCUUAGCGCCUAAUUUUUAUGUUCACUUUGGAUUAAAUAACUCCAAUUUCAGUGAAUAUGAUACAGAUGUGAUGUUGGAAUAUGAAGAUAGUGAUACACAAAAAGAGUUUCUUGAGUUUUUCAAUGAUGUUUUGCCAGAAUUUGAAAAAUUUGGUAGAGUUACUCAAUUUAAGGUAUGUAAUAAUUACGAGAAACAUCUUCGUGGUAAUACGUAUGUUGAGUACGCAGAGCUUCGUUGUGCCUUAGCAGCUUAUAGAUCUUUGCAUUGCCGGUGGUAUGGUGGAAGACAACUCUCUCUACAAUUCUGUUUUAUCGAUUCGUGGAAAAAUGCUAUAUGUGGGCUCGCAUCAAGAAGGCGCUGUCCAAAAGGUCGCGCAUGUAAUUUUUUACAUGUAUUUAGGAAUCCUAGAAGGUUUUAUGAAGAUUAUAAAUUUGAACAUAUCAGGUCAGUAAACAUGCCUCAUUUUAAAAAAAACGUAAGUAUAGUAAAACAGCUAACAUGACUUACCGAUAUA